AACUACGGGGCACGUGAGAGCCAAAGGCGCCCUUGUGAAGUUGGCGAUGUCUAUGUGGCCUGGUCUGACGUCUCAUUCUGCUGUGUUGCUCUGGUGGUAAUUACUGUUUGGUGAGGUUCAGAAUUCGGACAUAAAAAAAAUUGAUUUUUCGAGUGAAUUCAGUUAGACCAACAUGGCAGAGUUGUGUUACCACAGGAGUUGUCACUGCUUUUAUAAUCUAGCAGGUCGCAAGAGCGUGAGGAUCUUAAUUUGGUACUAGCGGAAUGCCAGAGAGGGAUGAUGGGAGGCGAUGAGGGCGGGGAACAUGGAUGGAGGCGGCGAGCAUGGCGUGGACGAGGCAGCCGCGCCGUAACGCGGCGCCGGCGGAUUCGGAGCGGGCGAAGGCGUCGUCCAGGUGCACCGGGUUGCGGUCGCCACUCACCGCCGCGUACGCCGCCACGCCGUCCGCCGUGAAGCGUCGCCCACCUGCAGCGAGGGUCCCGUCGAGGCCGAGGACGAGCGGGACGGCGCGGCGCAUCCCGGCGAGAUCGAGCUUGCAGUGUGUGGGGUCGGCGUGGCAGAGAAAAUCCAUGGCGCUGCUCGCUCGCCUUAUCCUGGCCUCCUCCAUAUCAAAAUCAAUCGGCUGCUGCUGCUCACUGCUCUCCUCAGCUGGACUGAAGCUCAGCUGGAGCAUAGGAGUAGGUAGUAAAAAGGGAAGGAAGCCAUGGCUGAUCUGCUGA